AUGGAGGUGGCGUGGGAGCGAGGAGCGAUGGUGCCAGGGAGACCUACAGAGGGGUCUUUCAGCUCAACUGCCGCUCACACUGCUGCUGUUGCUUGCUACUUCUGUUCCCGACCAGCCCUGUGUCCAUCCUUACAGUCACUUGUUUUCUCAUGCCACUCAUGCCACGGUGCCACCACUGCUGCAGCAGGAGCAGUAGCCGUGACGUUCUCAGAUCCCCCCACUCCCCCCCAGUCCCCCCAGGCAGGCGAAGCUGCACGUCCUGCUGGGUGCAGCAUGAACCCUUCCGCCUUCUCCCAGAUCCUCCUCUCCUCCACUUCCCACUCCCCCCCUCCUCGUCCCCCUCCGUUCCUAUCCAACUCGACCUCCCUAAUCCCUCUCGUCCCUCUCCUCUCGUCCUCUCCCCCAUCCCACCCCCAUCCCCCCCUCCCCGCCUCUCCUCUCACCCACUCCUCUCCCCCUCUCCUUUCGCCACCUCCUCGUCCCCCCUUCUCCUCUCUCCCCUCCUUUCCCCCUCACCUCCCUCUCCCACGCCCCUCUCCCACAUCCUCCCGUGCUCGACACCCCCUUCUCACGGAAACAACACAGCACUCCACACGUCUGCAUACCCCCCAGCACUCCACUACCACUUGCCACACCACGCCAAACGAAAGGUCCUGA